GACGACAAUCGAGCUGGAAAUGAUGUGGAUAUACGAAUAGUAACAUAGCCCGUGCAAUUAACUCCUCAUCCUACCGAUAAUGCCUUCUCUUGGUAAUCAACAAGCGAAUCGCCGAAGCGUGUUGCCACUUGCUAAAUCACGUGGUCGCAAUCAUGUAUCCGUACCUAGGGUACCGAGGGGACAGGGUUCAACGGCCAGACCCGAACAAUUACGACAUAGCCGACCCAAACCAAGAAUACAACAUCGCAGCCAAUUACCUCCCUACCUACCUACCUGCAAUGCGAUAUGCGACGACUACACACCUACCCGGCGAAAUCAUAAUAGAAAAUCCCUAUAAAUGCGAGCUCGUUAGAAAAUGCGAGGACGAGUUUUGAGCCCUCGAGGGGCACGAGCCCCGGUCCUAGCCCUCCUUCGCAGUCAACCCCGGCGCACGUUCGCGACGCCACCGAUCAAAGAUACGACACCGCCCAAGCCCAUCGAACCUUCAAGAGAGCAGGCGAUGCCAGUCGGGUUGUACUACGAGAGCAUCCUCAACAGCCCACAACCGAUCCCGGAAGAGAAGCCCGAAAAGCCCCCGAGCACAGUUAACCCCUCGCCGCAACGAGGCAAGAAACCGAAAACCCCCAAGACCGACACAGCGACCAAGGCAUCCUCCCUCGCCUCCUCCCCUCCCGUCCCGAACCCCUCCCACGACAGCGGCCAGGAAAAGGUGCGAGUCAUCUUCGGCUCGCGGCUCGUCGGCCCCGCCGAGCGGGCCGACAGGCUGGCGGCGAUCAGGCGCAAGAGCCGGAUGGUCGCCGGCGUGCUCGUGCCGCCGCGGCCCGAGGAGCCGGACAACUGCUGCAUGAGCGGCUGCGUCAACUGCGUGUGGGACCGGUUCCGCGACGAGAUCGAGGAGUGGUCGGCGGCCCACCAGAAGGCCGAGCGCCGCCUGCGCGCUCAGGAGGCCGGCGUCACCGCCGCGACCACCGCCGAGAGCAUGGACACGCGCACGAUCAACGUCGGCGAGCGCGAGCUGGACCACGGGGCCGUGAGCCUGGAUGAUGACGGCGGCGGGCAGGCGGGGGACUGGGAUGUCGGGAAUAUUGCGGGGCAGGGGGCCGGCACGAAGCUGAACAAGAAUUUUUGGGACGACGAUUUAUACCGGGACAUCCCCGUUGGGAUCAGGGAGUUCAUGAAGCACGAGAAGAGGCUGAAGGAGAAGCACAUGCGGGACGGCACUGUUGGCGGUUGAGAUACCAUACAUGCCCAUGGCAGGGUGUCAUGACUGAAUAGAGAACGACGGUUAUAGAAAGAUAUCUUGGAGCGCACUUGACAAGCGCAGAAGCUUGGGAUUUGGAAUAGAUUAAUGCUCCAUUGCGAGCAUAGAAAUUCAUGUCAGAUUUUUGUGCCUCGCGGUUUUACGAUCCGCUUGGCGACUUUGGA